GUGUGACAGGCAGGAGCUUAAAUACCAGCCCAUGAGGAAGCUGAGCUGAUCUUAAUGAUAGGGCAGCCGCCCGCGACACAGCACAGAGGUAGUCGGAGGAGGUGGAGGAGCAGAAGCCCCAAGAACUCACAGGUGGUCCUGAGGAGUAAUUAAAUAGCUGUGAAGGAGAAAAUAUACCUCUGAGUUUUUACCUGUGAUCACAGUAGCACUGAGAGGCAGUCUGGGAGCAAGGAGGAAAAGAUUGGUUCCUCACACCAAGAGACAUCAAAGUUGAAAGUUUCAGGUUUUUUGUUUUUUCUUUUUUUUUUCUUUUUUCCCCUCCUCUGUUUCAUUUUUCCCACGGUGUGUCACUACAAUGACCAGAAAGCCUGUCGUGGCCACCAUCCCCAAUGGAGGUUACCUGCAGGGGACUGUUAAAGGGAGUCUGCCUUCCCCGGGGGGCAAGGAGCCCCCUGGGCAGGAGACAGUGAUGCUGAAGAAGAAAAUCACUUUGCUGAGGGGCAUCUCCUUCAUCAUUGGCACCAUCAUUGGAUCGGGAAUCUUCAUCUCUCCUAAGGGUGUGCUCCAGAACACGGGCAGUGUGGGCUUGUCUCUGAUUGUCUGGACCGCCUGCGGGGUCCUGUCACUGUUUGGAGCCAUGUCCUAUGCUGAAUUGGGAACAAGUAUAAAAAAAUCUGGUGGUCAUUACACAUACAUUCUGGAAAUCUAUGGCCCAUUACCAGCUUUUGUACGAGUUUGGGUGGAACUGCUCAUAAUCCGCCCUGCAGGCACUGCUGUGAUAUCUCUGGCAUUUGGACACUACUUCCUGGAACCAUUUUUUAUUCAUUGUGAAAUUCCUAAACUUGCAAUCCAGCUCAUUACAGCUGUGGGCUUAACUGCAGUGAUGGUCCUAAAUAGCACGAGUGUCAGCUGGAGUGCCCGGAUCCAGAUUUUUCUAACCUUUUGCAAGCUCAUAGCAAUUCUGAUAAUUGUAGUCCCUGGAGUUAUGCAGCUAAUUAAAGGGCAAACGCAACACUUUAAAGAUGCCUUUUCAGGAAGCGACGCCAGUAUCAUGGGCUUGCCACUGGCUUUCUAUUAUGGAAUGUAUGCAUAUGCUGGCUGGUUUUAUCUCAACUUUGUAACUGAAGAAGUAGAAAAUCCUGAAAGAAACAUCCCCCUUGCCAUAGGUAUAUCCAUGGCCAUCGUCACCAUCGGCUAUGUGCUAAUGAACGUGGCCUACUUUACGACCAUUAGUGCUGAAGAGCUCUUGCUUUCAAAUGCAGUGGCAGUGACCUUUGCUGAGAGGCUCCUGGGAAAUUUCUCAUUAGCAGUUCCCAUCUGCGUCGCCCUCACCUGCUUUGGCUCCAUGAAUGGGGGUGUAUUUGCUGCCUCCAGGUUAUUCUAUGUUGCGUCUCGAGAGGGUCACCUUCCAGAAAUCCUCUCCAUGAUUCAUGUCCGCAAGCACACUCCUCUGCCAGCUGUUUUUGUUUUGUAUCCUCUGACGAUGGUGAUGCUCUUCUCUGGGGACCUCUACAGUCUUUUGAAUUUCCUCAGUUUUGCCAGGUGGUUUUUUAUUGGGCUAGCGGUUGCUGGGCUGAUUUAUCUUCGAUACAAACGCCCAGAUAUGCAUCGUCCUUUCAAGGUGCCGCUGUUUAUCCCAGCUUUGUUUUCCUUCACGUGCUUCUUCAUGGUUGCCCUCUCCCUCUAUUCAGACCCCUUUAGUACGGGGAUUGGCUUCAUCCUCACACUGACUGGAGUCCCCGCAUACUAUCUCUUUGUUAUCUGGGACAAGAAGCCCAAGUGGUUUAGAAGACUGUCAGGAAAGAGAGGAGCCGUUUGCUUCCCGGAGCCCAUCAGCAAGCUGUCCUUCCUGUUUUAUCAGUAAGCAAAGCCGAGAGCAAAUAACAGAUGGAACUGUCCCUUGGUGGCGGCCCAGAACACUCAUGAAAUAUAGCACAAUCUUGCUCCGGCGUGCUACGUUUUUAACAGUGGAAGAUCAGAAGCAGGCGAGGUGUGGGCUAGGAUGAAUGCCUGCCGCCGAUGAAACAUCCCUUUCUUCUCGCAAGAUUCCUGUAGCAGAUUGGACUUUGGCAGUCGAUCUUAGUGGCUUGAUAGAGUGUCAUUACAGAAUGCAUCUGGAACAUUCUGUGGAAAAGGAACAAACCUCAGAAGAUUAAGAUGCAUCUAAGGCCUGGUCUGUACUCUUAAUGGGCGGUUAAAUUCCAGUUCCUUUACAUAGCCAUGAAAGACACCGCAAAGCCAAAGAUGAAGCUUCCCAGACGCUGAAAUGGGGUCCUUGUUUACCAUCUGUCACUAUCAUUUCAUCCUCUCGCAGUAUUUUGUUCUGCUUCCUAUAACUAGGUAUUUGUGAGUUUUGUGUGUGUGGGUGUGUGGCUAAAAUCUUCUGCAUCUGCUGUUUGUAUAAUCACACUGAAGGCUGUUACUAGGGCUGGCGAAGCUGGGUUUAGUAUAUACUUUUUUUUCCUAAUGGAAAGAUCUAUCAGCCCAACUUCAGUGACUAUGAUGGAGCAGCUUUUUAGGCACUCAGAUAGGAAGUGGUCCUCAGUUCCACCAAUCGAUCCUCUAGUCACACCUAGUUCGCUGUGACUUUUCAUGGUAGCUUUUCUAAAGCUUUCCCACUCACCCAGGGCCCUGACCCUGCCUCAUGCCUUCAACAUUAAACAUGGCCUUUAUCUCCAAGUCAUGUAAAAAGAACAAGGCUGUCUGAGAGAACUCCUUUAAUAAACAACUGCCACCUGCCCCCUCCAGCUCCCAAUUCACUGCCUUCAUUCAUUCUCCUCUUUCCUCCGAUUUUAGGGAGAAAGUGACCUGCCUCCUUUACAAAGUUAACGCAAACACGUGUGUUGUUAAUGUUACCCUAUCCAGUACAUUUUUCCAUUAUUUCAUCAAUUACUGAAAUAUCCAGCCCCUCCCCUUCAAUGCAUCCUCUGACGUACUUAUAUUUACCCCUUAAAAAGGAAAAGCAACAGCAUCACUUCCAAAAGUGCUGUGCCCAUCGAACUGCUCUCUGCUAUUCCUACAAAGAUUCCUGCCACCUUUCCUCCUCAUUUCCUCUUCUGUCUCUCCCCGCCCCCCACCCUCUCUCUUUUGUUAAUCCUCACCCAAGGACAUAUUUACAUUGAUUUUUAGAGGGAAUAGAGAGGGAGAGACAGAGAGAAAGAAACAUCAAUUGGUUCCCUCCCGAGUAGGCCACAACAGAUGCAUAUGCCCUUGACCGGAAUUGAACACAUGAUCCUUCAGUCCGCAGUCCUACACUUUAUCCACUGAGUCAAACCAGCUAGGGCCAUUUCCUCUUCUCUUUAUUUCCAUCUCAUUUCCUGCUUCCCCGUUCUUUGAAACUGAGCUCUGAGAGUGCACCAUUCCUACUUAGUGAGUACAAUGGUCAGAGUUACAGACUAUUCAGCAUCUGAGCACUCUUUCUGCUAGCAGUCAAUCCUCAGGUUUCCACAUUAGCAGGAGGCAGGAGUUCACGUGCAAGGAUGAAGAGGUCAGAUGUCCCAUCUUUCUACACCAGGCGGCAGGGCCAGGCAUGAGCCUUAGCAGUCAGCUGUCCUACCUGGGCACAGAGGAGAAAUUAUUCACAGGGGACAGCGGUGAUGGUAGCUAAUGCAUCCUGGGUGUCCCACACUAGAUGUUUUCUCUGCACUGUUACCAGUUGACUAAUUGCUUUUGGUUCCUUCCUACUUUCCGAGUCUGAUUUUCCAAGUUUCACAUAAUUCUGUGAGCUGACCAAUAUUCUUGCCAUAUGUGUCUUUCAUCCCUUAAUUAAAAUACAUUUGGUUUAUGUUC